UUAUUUGAAAAGGUUGUCGAGUCAGAACCGUAUGCCAGUUCAGCAAAAAGUUCAAAGAUAUUUUCACAUCUCACUCAUUCCUACCCUAAAAAGAAGAUUUUGCUCCUCUUCUCUGUCCAUUUCAAAGAUACAAAUUGAAUUGCAAACAUCAAGAUUGGCUUUGGAUCGUGAUAAUGAGCCCCGGUGAAAGCCGUCCCUGCGAUUUCUGCAAUCAGCAGAUUGCUGUCCUUUACUGCCGAGCUGAUACAGCAAAGCUCUGUCUUUUUUGUGACCAACUUGUUCAUUCAGCUAACGCCCUCUCCAAGAAGCAUCUUCGUUCUCAGAUCUGUGAUAACUGUGGCUCAGAACCUGUCUCUAUCCGUUGCAACACCGACAACCUUGUACUCUGCCAAGAAUGCGAUUGGGAUGCUCAUGGAAGCUGUGCAGUCUCUGGGGCACACGAUCGGACUCCUGUUGAAGGCUUCUCCGGCUGUCCUUCGGCUUUUGACCUUGCUUCAGCUUGGGGUUUAGAUAUUGAGGCAAAGAAACCACCUCAGCAGCACACCUUCUUAGAGUACCCUUCCUGGAUGUCUAAGGAUGCCCCUCCUUCUUCUAUCUUGUUGCAAGAUUUAAUUGUACCUAACGCUAAUAAUUCCGAGAUUUACUCCACCACUGCCUUUGCUCGUGAUGUGGGUAGAAAACAAACUCCAACUUGUGGCAAGCAGAAACAAGUGAUAUUCAAACAAUUAAUUGAGCUAUUCAAGAGAGAUUUCGCAGAUGGGGUUGGAGCUGGAGCCCAAGAUUUGGUUUCAAAGACACCUAAUGGCAGUAGUGAUUGGCAGGGAAAUAUUAAUGCCACGGAUAGAUGUGAGGCGGUCAUGGGUGGUGUCACUCAGAAGCUUGAGCAGCAACAAACGCAAAAUGUGCCAUUUACCUCUUCCAUUAUGCCUCAUAAUCCGAAAGACAGUGACCAAAUGGUGGAACAGAACAUUUUGUGGAGGGGAAAUUCCUUUCAUCAAAACACUCAGAUAUGGGAUUUUAAUUUGGGGCAGUUGAGGAACCAUGAACAGUCUAGCUCAUUGGAAGCAGACUACAGUGAGAGCGACAUGGCUUACAUGAUGAAAAGCUAUGGUGAACUCAUAAAAGGAACAUCAUUAGCAACUUCAAAAGGAUUAGGACUCUCAGGCAUUAAUUGCUCCAUUGCCCGUGACGAUAUGACAGCCUUCAGUAAUAAUUCGAAUAACCGAGCGGCAAGCCAGGGGCCAGCGACAUCUGAGAGCAACAAUUUACCAAGAAUAAAGACAUCAUCUGACUCAGGUUAUGUUAGGGCGAAAUGUUGUGGUGUAUCUACAGAUCUUAACUUUAUGGACCAAAGCAUUGUUGUGGGAGGUGACAACGCCGGUGCAGAAACACGCAAGGCUGAUAUGGAGCUUCUGGCAAAGAAUAGAGGAAAUGCAAUGCAACGUUAUAAGGAGAAAAAGAAAGCACGAAGAUAUGAUAAGCACAUUCGAUAUGAAUCGAGGAAGGCAAGAGCUGAUACUAGAAAGCGAGUUAAGGGUCGAUUUGUGAAGGCUAGUGAAGCUCCAGAUGGCUGAAUACCUGUUGAAUGACUGAGGAUAAGGAUCUUUUUGUCUCUGUAUGUAUAUAUUUCUUAGACUACCUGAUAUUUGUAACCUUAGGUUUCCUGUGAUGCUCUCUGUGGCACCAAUUGUUAGUAAUAUUCUAGUCAAGCUUUGUGCUUCUGCGUAUAUAUCAAGUGCUCGCAUGUACAACCUUGAUCAUCAAUCAGGUUUGUGGCUAGAUCCCUCACCGGGGAGCCAGCUGUUUGAUGCAAGUCUUGGAAGUGGAUAGCCUAAGUAUAAUCAAUUCACUCUCCCUCUGGCAAUACUUGUCGCGUGAUGUCUUUUUUGGUGACAUGCAUUCAUUCUUUUGAGAUCCGAGUGAUCAAAUUCUUGCUGAGUUUAGCUGAUAAUAAACACACAGUUAAAGUCCCUUCAACA